CUGCAGUGGGUGUUAAUUAGCGUAAUGAGCUGAGAAACACAAACCACCACCAGCAGCAGCAGCAGCUCCUCGUCCCGGAGAUCCGCGACGCUCAGAAGGAAACAGGACGCAGCUGCAGCGCCGCAGUUCACGGUCAAACCCACAACUGAGACACUGUUUUUCUUUUCCUCUGACUCCUCCGCACCGAGACCUGCCGCCUGUUGCACUCUUUGUCUGUGUUGUUUCUGGAGUCAUGGCUGCCAUCAAGGCUUUGGAGCAGUGGUGUAAACUGCAGUGUGACGGUUACCGAGAUGUUUCCAUCACCAACAUGACGACCUCGUUCAGGAACGGACUGGCUUUCUGCGCGCUUAUACACAAAUACAGACCGGACCUGAUAGACUAUGACUCACUCCGACAAGAGGAUGUGUUCGAGAACAACAGGCUGGCUUUUCAGGUGGCAGAGGAGAAGUUGGGGAUCCCAGCUUUGUUAGAUGCAGAAGACAUGGUGGCUUUACGGAUCCCAGACAGGCUGAGCAUUCUUACCUACGUCUCCCAGUACUACAACUACUUCAAAGGACGGCCUCCCAUGGGAGGUGUGAAAAGGCCAGCAGAGGGCUCCAAGGAGGAGCCAUCAGAGAAGAAAAAUCUCCCAGUUGUUGCCAAAAGCUUUGUGUCUAAAACCGCCAUUGAGAAUUGUUUACCUUCCACUCGCAUGGCGCAGACCUCACCCAAGCCUGCCAGAGCUGCUGCUCAGAAGGUGGUUUUGACAGAGAACACCAACAAAAACGGGACUCUCAAUAGCAAAUGCGUUGCAUGCAAGAGCCACGUUCAUCUGGUCCAGAGGCACUUUGUUGAAGGCAAACUCUAUCACAGAAGCUGUUUCAAAUGCAGCGAGUGCUCCAGCGUGCUUCAUGCAGGAAGCUACAAACCUGGGAAGAAUCCAGACACCUUCGUCUGUAACGCCCACCAGAACAAUUUCAAGCCUUCAACCUCGGAUGCCGCGAUCAAAAACGGACCAGCUGUACCAAACAGUGCCAGCCAGACCCAGCCUGCACCGCGCCCCUCUCUGCUGCUGUCGGCUUCACCGAACAUCAUUCUGAAGCCAGGCAGCCCACCUCCACCUUCCCCAUCCUGGACGGCCUCAGCACAGAGGACGCAGGCGGCCCGGCAGAAGUUUUUCCAGGCUGCUCCGCAAGUUCCUGAAACCUCAACCGGUAACAGGAAGGAGCCUUUGAGUGUUUCAGGAAGGUCAAAGGUCGCAGCGAGUGUUGAUGAUGAGAAGAGCCGGGCCAGAGGGGUGAUUGGAAAGAAAUUGGCGGAGGAAAACUGCAACAAUAACAACAAGCGCCCAUUCACCAUCCGAUCAGCGGCGCGACGGUUUGGUGAUGAGCCAAGUUCAGCCGACAGCCCUGGUCUGAGAGAGGAUAAAUGCAGCCAAAGCCCAGCAGGAAACUGGGGAGGACAGGCCUCCACCAGCCAGACAAACAAUAAGGAAUCGCCAUGUCUAAAGGCCAUCAACAAAGACAACACAAGGCCAACAACUGUACACAAAACUGCCAAAGAUCCAGUCUACCGCGAGUGGCAAACAAAACUCAAACCUGUGAGAACUGAGCUUGGACUAAAAGAUGCUGAACCUGAAGCCUUUACUGAGCAUACACCUGGAUUCAUGCCCACGACUCCUUCUAAUGCCUCUGUCUGCACAACAAGGCCUUCAUUGGCUCCAACACCUGCAGGACCUUUAGUUAACUUAGCGGUGUUUAAUGCUGCACGCUUUACUGAAGACCGUCCAGGGAAAGCUGCACCUGGCUCCGACAGAAGAGGUUUUAAACAUGGGAGUCACUCGCCUGUGAAAUCCCCACCCAGACCGCCAGCUCUGGAAUCUAUUAGCUCUCCAACAACUGCUCCUGCCAAUUACGGAAAUCCAUCAGCUGCUAAAAAGGGAAAGUAUUUGUCACCCACCAACGCCUCCAGGACCGAAAUGAGGUCACCCUCUGUGAAGUCUUAUCAUAUUCCAGCGGAGCAGAUCGAAAGGGAGCUGAAUGAUAUUGAGACAAACUUGGCUCAGUUGGAGAAGGAGGGUGUGGAGCUGGAAAAGAAGCUGCGCAGCUGUGAAGAAGAGGGUGAGGCGGACAUACUGAUGGACCCACUGAUGGUUGACUGGUUUAACCUCAUUCGAAAGAAGCAGAUGUACAUAAGGAAGGAGUCUGAGCUCGUUUACACAGCCAGGACUCAGGAGCUGGAGCAGCAGCAGCCAGGUGUGGAGGGGGAACUUCGCAGGCUGCUGGAGAAACCAGAUCAUUUAAAGUCCAGAGAGGAGCAACAGCGAGAGAAGAAGCUGAUGCAGAGGCUGAUGGAGAUUGUGGACGGCAGAAACGCGAUCGUGGAGGGUCUGGAUGAGGACAGGCGGAGGGAAGUUGAAGAGGACUUGCAGUUGAAUAAAAUGAUGCAGAAUCUUGCUUCACCAAUGACUAUUGAUUCCACAACUCGAGACAUGGCUUUCAGUAAGAAACCAACAACGCUCCUUUUGCAUCAACAGCGAUCACAUCAACGUUUAAUAGAGCUUUUUAAAAGACUGCAUCAAGAUAGCUCGGUGGCGUCGAUGCAUUCCGCAGCUACUUACAAACUACACAUCCCUCAUUUUGAGAUGCAUGAAAUUGUGAUCAUGAACUUGGAACACAAUCUUUCUAGCUGAGCAGAGUUGGAGAUGGUAUUGGUACAAAAUGCCACGCGUGAUGUGGGUGACAGUCGAGACUGAAUGUGUGAUAUUAGAGUUAAUUAAAGCUUUGCGCCCCAUCUACUGCAAAUGCUUGCACUUCUGCAAUUAAGAAUCAAAGGCGAGGGCUUAGUGUCAGGGGGGUGUCUAAUACAUGGUUUUAACAGGAAUGGGACCUGAUUUGCCAAGCUCCUAGCGACAAGCAUUAACAACAGCCUCAAAUUAGAGGGACAUUAAUAUUCAUAAGUAAAACAAUUCAUCCUGUGAAUGUGUGAUGAAAUGGAAUCCUCUGAGGUGAGCUCUUGUGUCCAGGCUGCCAUCGUUCAUUAAAAUAUGCCAUUACCCAUGAAGUGCUUAAUCUUUAUGAAAGGGUGGUAAAAUCAGUUUGAACUGCUCUGACAGAAAAGGUGGUAAUUGUAAUAUUGUUCGGCACCUUGCAUUAUGUUAAUCCUGUACAUUUUUUGAAAACGCGAUGGUGUCAAACAGCAUGGGUUUAGAGGGAAAAAAUGUGCAGCCAUCUUUGCUUAAAAUGCACUCUGAAAUUAGCGUGUUAUUCUAUUAAUAAGGCAUGAGUGCUUUGUGAUGUUUUAGGUUAGCCGCCUCUUGCAACACAAUCUAAAUUCCGUGUGUGUGUGUGUGUUUCGUCUUAUUCCACUCCCUGCCAGAGUCUCUGCCACUAGCCUGUAAUUAUGAUCCUCGAGGUAAUUUUAUCAGGCUCAUUAGCUCUGAUGAGUAAACGAGAAGCGUGCCUCUAAUUUAUUGGCCAUCCAGGCUGGAGACUUAAUUCUCAUCAGAGAGAUCAUAAUAUUUGUAUAGAGAGAAAGAUAUACAGUACACAUAUAUGUAUUUCCAAGGCUCCUAGACAGACACUGAGGCCAAGACUUGGUGACUUUAAACCCGUAAUUACACUCAUAACAGAAAGUCUGAUUGGAUAAUUGGCCGUGUGCUCAAAUUCUUUCCACAGAUGUCAUUGUGAUGAGCAGAGGCGCCCAACACUGUCUCUUUUUGAUUCAGGCACGAUUUCAAAUGAAAGCUAUUGUUUGCAUUCUAGCGAGUCUUGUGAGUUUAUCUUCCUGCGCAAAAUUAGAUUCUCACACCUCUGCAAACAAAAUUGCAUUGUUUUGUUCCCUGUUCAAUAGAGAUUAUCCAUUUUCUGUGUCGGAGAAUGUGUUAAGGGAGCGGUGUAAAUAUGCUCACAAUUUUCAGUGUGUAGAAAUUUGCAUUGAGGGGAAAUUAUGCAUGCUGGCUAGUGGAAAUGAAAUGUAUAAAGUGCAUGACUGGUAGACUUGACAAGUGCAGCUUUCAUCCAUCUCAAAUGAAUAAUUUUCACUUCCCUUAAACAUCCUUAAUCCAACCAUGUUAUCAGCGGGCAUGCAGGAUUCUGCCAGACUUUCUCCUUAACGGCACAGCAACUUUCGACUUGCCAGAGAUUCUGCACUGCAGUUGCUUACCACAUGGUCUUAGGGACUCACUCUUAUCCUUUCCUGCUGGUUUUGUGGAUCAGUAAAAUUCCUUCAAAACACAAUAUAUACAUAACGCAAGUCUUAAUAGAUAGCAGAAUGUCUCACUCUACCCUCCUCUGUGCUGCCUCAGAGGUCGACUUAAUGCACUGUAUUUUACCUCUGAUUCACAUUGGCAGAGAACUCAGAGGAUGGCGUCUAAAAAAACCUAUUUGCUCAGUGGCCCUUUGUCCUCUAUUUCAAAUUUCAGUGACAGACCCUUCCAUGCUCAUAUAAUGUGGUUUGGAAAUUCCUAUGGCCGUAAAGGGAUAGAGGAGGAUAUUCAUGGUAAAUUACUCAUUUACAGCCCAGCAUUCAGCAUUUGUGUUAUUUUUUUUUUUUUUUGGGGGGACGUUUGCUUGUCUUCUUUACUGAAAUACACACUUAUGAUGAUACUGUAUUGUGGGGAAAUAACCUCAAUCCUUUUUAAUUUAUGCAUUGUAACCUGUUCUUCAAAGUGCUACUGACAAUAAACAAUGAAAUGUGUAA